AUAAAUUGAGAAAUUAUUUUUAAACCAUUUUCUAGGAGAGCGUUUUGGAUAGUUGAAUUGUGUGAGAUCAGAAGGCGUUUGGCCAAAAAUCGGAGCAAACACGUCCUCCUUUUCGGCAGGGCAGACAAACUGCCGGUGUGUGGAACCAGAAGCAACAGAAUUGUUAUUGACAAUUGGGGAUUUGGAUGUAUAUAUAAUACUUAGUAAGAAAGUAGCCGCAUUUCUCUGUACAUAUUGUGGAGGUUGAAACAACUAGUCUUACCAAUUUGUUGAAUAGGGCUUGCAGUUCCAGUUUUUCAAACCCCUUGAUCUAAUUUGCCGUAAAACUAACACUUUAUCUUCCUUUCUCUACCCAUACUACUUGUGCUAUCUCAUAUUUAGCUUUACCCUCGUGCCAUGGCAGUGGAUGAAAGCAAUAAUCAUGAUGAUGAGAUGGUACAGACUUCAAGUCCAAAGGAGUUCACCACAAAUCAAGGUUGUUUUAAUGUCGCAGAUAAUGCAACAGAUGAUGUGGGGAUUGUAGAGACUUCAACUGAGAAGGAGUUUACUCCAAAUGGUCUUGAAGUUGAAGGACGCUCAAAUAUGGAACCUUAUGUGGGUAUGGAAUUUGAAUCAGAAGAAGCUGCUAAAGCAUACUAUAGCACAUAUGCCACACAUUUAGGCUUUAUCAUGCGAGUAGAUGCAUUUCGACGAUCUAUGCGUAAUGGAGAGUUGGUGUGGCGUCGACUUGUCUGUAAUAAAGAGGGUUUUAGUAAAAGUAGACAAAGUCAGAAUGGAAAAAAAAAGUGCAGAGCAAUUAGGGAAGGAUGUAAGGCAAUGAUAAUUGUGAAGAAAGAACAAUCUGGAAAAUGGCUUGUUGCCAAAUUAGUGAAGGAACACAAUCAUGAACUGGUUGUCAAACCUGUUAAUACCCCUAAAGGUGCAAUCUUAUGUCAAACACCGGAUGAUAAAGAUGUCAAGAUCCGGGAAUUAACAGCAGAGUUACAGAAGGAGCGUAAAAGAUCUGCAGCUUUACAGGAGCAGCUAGAUAUGCUUUUGAAAGAUAUGGAGGAUCACUCAGAUCAACUGUCAAAGAACAUUAAUGGCAUAGUUAAAAGUGUGAAAGAAUUGGAAUCAAGAAAAAUUGUCUUUCCAAAUGUCCGAUAGCUUGUUUAGCCUUUUCCCCUUUCUUUCCAUUUUUCUUUGGAAAAUAGUAACAUAGGCCUGUAAAUUAUUCAGAUGUUUUAGUUAAACCUUUUGUGCUGUUAAUUGAAACAGAAUCCUUUAUACUCUUGCUUUUUAAUUGUAAAAAUCCUUGUCAGUUACCAUCAGUGCGGUGUCAUGUGCAAGAGCAUUUUGGCAUGCACGGGUGUAGCCUAAUGGCAAUGAAAUGGGUGAAGAAGACCUUAGAGAGUCCUGAAUAGAUAAAAACCAUUUGGUUGUU